AUGUUUUUUAAUUUUAGAAAUUUUUCAUCUCAAACAGGUUUCGAAGAAGCGCAGAAGAAAUUGAAAACUCUCAGUGAAGAUCCUGGUGCUGAUAUCAAAUUAAAAAUUUAUGCUCUUUUUAAACAGGCUACGCUGGGUGAUGUAUCAGGCCAAAGACCUGGAGCUCUCGAUUUCGUUUCACGAGCAAAAUUUGAUGCAUGGAAAAAAUUGGAAGGGACUUCUCAAGAAUCAGCUCAACAAUGCUAUAUUGACCUGGUCGACAGCCUAAUUGGAUCUCAAGAACCAUUAAACACUACUGUUGCUGGUUUAAAACCAGUAUCGGGAUUAAAUAUCUCUAUCGAAGGAAAAAUUUUCAAAAUUCGACUAAAUCGACCGAGCAAAUUCAAUGCUAUCACAUUGGAAAUGUACAAUGGAAUUACGGAAGCAUUGAAUUAUUCCAGCACCGACAAAACUACAUCGGUCACUGUUCUAACUGGAACAGGUAAUUAUUUCUGUAGUGGUAAUGAUUUAUCGAAUUUUUUGGAAGUGAAAAGAGUGGAAGAUAUUCCCAUUAUGGCUGCUGAAGCUGCUAGAGUGUUAGAUGCUUAUACUACUGCUUAUAUACUACAUAAGAAGCCCUUAAUUGGGCUUAUAAAUGGUCCAGCUAUUGGUAUAUCAGUGACGUUAUUACCUCUUUUUAAUCUUGUGCUUGCUUCUGAUAAGGCGACUUUUCAUACACCUUUCACCGCACUUGGUCAAUCGCCAGAGGGUUGUUCUUCCUAUACAUAUCCAUUCAUAAUGGGUAUGCUAAAGGCGUCUGAAGUUCUUCUCUUUGGUCGAAAAUUGACUGCGAUUGAAGCUAUGGAACGUAAUCUUAUAAAUGAAGUCAUACCAGAUAGAACCUUUUUCGAUGAAAGUCAAAAGCGCGUUGAGAUUUAUUCGAAACUUCCUCCAGAGUCAUUGCGAAUGAACAAGCAACUUCUUUGUGAUGCACAUAGUGAAGCACUUAUGGAAUGCAAAGCAAGAGAAAUCAAACUGUUGGAGCAAAGAUGGCAAAGUGAAGAAUGUAUAGCAGCACUUAAACAAUUCAUAAAUCGAAAAAAAUAA